AUGCCAGGACAUAAGAAUAUCUUCCGCAUGUCGGGUUUCGUCGAACAACUACACAACGCUGCACGCGAUGCGAAAUCUGGUGUGCACGAGAAGGCAAAGGCGUUUGCGGAGGACGUCAAGCUCGAGCCGAAGUACGUCGAUCUAAGUAUUCAGUUCAUCGGAGCAUCCGGCUUGCCCAAAAUGGACGUCGUGGGCACCGCAGAUCCCUACUUCGUAGCCAAGUUGGACGAUAAGAUAUCAUUCGUUUCAACCGUCAAAGAGAACACGCUUUCUCCCGUUUGGAACGAACUGUGGAACGUCAAAAACGUGCCCACGAACGCAACUUUGCAUGUUCAGGUUCUCGAUAAGGACAAGGGAAGCCCCGUUGACGACUACAUCGGGAAAUUUGAGACCACAGUCAGUCCGGGCGCGAAGGAAGUCGAAAUUCACGGCGCGCUUCUACAUCGUAAUCGUGGGACUAUGUGGUUGAAGAAGAUCGAGUCUACACCGUCGGCAGCAAACGCUGCGGAACAUCCCUACACCUUUGACGGCCCCAUACGUUUCUCGCGGCAUUGCUCGCCCACGGUUGGGCGACUUACCAAUGUCAACGAUGCCCGCCUCUAUUCCACAUGGAAGAUAUACCUGAAAGGCGUGCCCCUCUUCUUCGGUGACAAGGCGCAGCACUGGAAUACCAAGUACAAGGCCGCUCAAACGAUAUUCGGAUCGGGACCUGCCUCGAUGGCUGUUCGCUCUGGAAUACAAGCUGGCCAUCGCCUUCUCUACGCUCGUUCUACCACUAACGGCUUCGGAGUGAUAUCCACUCCGGCGGACGUUCUCUCCCUUCUGCACGGAGGUCUUCCAGGUCUUUCACCUACAUUGCAAAACCCCGCUGCCGAGGCUAUGGAAGCUCGAUUUGCGCAUCGCAUCAAACCUGCCGUGUAUACCUACGUCAUCGCCGUCGACGACGACUCCUUCCGCUUUUCCGAGACAGGCGCCGCGUUCUUCGUCGACUUCGCGUCGAAGCACGCUCUGCACGCGAAUUGCGCCCCGGCGACGCCCGACCAUGCGACGCGCUGGGAGCUAGUCAUCGACAAUAACUCCGGGACCUACGCCCCCGAUAAGACCCUCCUGCCGCAGCUCAAGGCCUUGCUCGAGUACAACUUCCCUGGUUUCGACAUCUACGCGUUGGACCGAGACGACCCGGCGCUUGCGGAAAGUCGGGAGGCUUGUAGGAAGUAUGCUCUUGAGAAAAGGGGCGUCGCACAGGAAGAGCUGCAGCCGCAUGCGAAGGAGGGCGAGGUUUUGCUCUCGCAUCAAGCUGCUCAACUGGCUCAGGCGGGCGAGACUGAACUCGCCGCCAGCGUGAACGAAGGGGCCUAG